AGCCCGGAGCGGGGGUGGCAGGUGCAGCCGCGCUCUGAUCGCUCCGACCCGCCGCUUGACCGGCGUCCGGCCGCCGGCUCCUUUCCAUGAAUCCAGACGUGUGAUCGGCAGAGGGGAGGGUGGGGGGGAGAGAGGCCGGGCGUCGGCCCCUGGGUCCGGCCCGGACAUCACCUCAGAGCCGAUCCUUUCCCCCCCCCCUUCCCGAAGCGGCCGGUUCCGCCAGCAGAGCGUCUGUCUCGGAGCCAGUUCACGUCCCCUCCCGAGCCGGGGCCGGCCCGCUGUCUGACUCGAGGGCCGGCUUGUGUAAAGUCCUGUCCCCUCUAGGAGCCUGAGUGCUGUUCUGGGGGGAGGGGGUUGGUGAGAGAGAGGAGGUGGAUCCGCUGCGUGGUGGGAUCACGUAGCGAAAGGGCGAUUUCUUUGUCAGGAGGUUGGGGACAGAGCCGGUCCCAGAUCCCCGAAACUGACCCAUUUUCCUGCACAACGUUAGAGCCGCCCGGUGGCUGCUCCGAAGUUAGUGUCGGGAGGUGGUGAAUGUUGCACAGCGCACUGAUCGGUGGAGCAUUUAGCCUUCAAUUACAUGUCCUGGAAACGACGCAGCGCGAAAUUUUAUUGUAACUUUGUUUUCCGACCUGAAUCUAGGUCGUGCACCCAGUCAAGGAGGCCCCGCCGAACGUGAUUAGCAUUUCUUUUAAACGGCUUCCCCUCUCAAUCGCACAGUAAUUGUGAGGCACUGGAGUGGAUGCAGCCUGUCAAAGCCCUGUUCUGACUGCAGCUCCUUCUGGUGCGAUCGAGGGCCUCCUCUUUACCAAUUACAAAUUGCGCAGUUAGUCACAAUCGUUGGAAAUACGGCAAGAGUUAACCACAAGAUUUAAGUGAUUUUUGGAUUGCUUAUGAAGCUUUUUUUUAGAGAAUUCGUUUCCAGUCCAAUCCUACCUUUAUUUGUCACGUAGGCCCAUCGGGAAAUAUUGGUCUAAAGGUUGUCUACUCCGUGAGAGAGUUGUAAUUUAAAAAGAAGUCAAAUUGACCAGAGCCUUUUUCGUGAACCUUUCUUUAGAUGCAGUUCGUGGUAUUAAGUCUGUGUUAAUUUUGUUAUGUCCUCUUUCUGCUUCUGCGCUCACGAUCUGUUCUGCAGCAUUCAGGACGAAAACGUAACUAGACCAGAGUGAGACUGGCUCAUACUGGCAGACUUUCAUCAGAUAUCUCGAACGUUCAAUCGACUGAAUUUGAAAGAAGAUCUGAAUGGCCAAGGUGAUCAAAAUAUAGGUAGCUCCUUUCAGUGCACCUGUUCUGUCUUUUGGUGUGCUCACAAGAUGCCUGUUAAGAAGAAGAGAAAAUCUUCAGGAUCAGAAGACGCCAGCAUGAAAAAAUGUAGAAUAAGCAGUUUCUGUAGAGUACAGACACCAUCUAGAUUAAUAAGUGAUGACAGUUUUUCAAGCAAAAAGUGCCUAGCUUGGUUUUAUGAAUAUGCAGGAACAGAUGAAGUUGUUGGUCCUGAAGGAAUGGAAAAAUUUUGUGAAGAUAUAGGUGUGGAGCCUGAAAAUAUUAUCAUGUUAGUAUUAGCAUGGAAGCUGGAGGCUCAAAACAUGGGUUUUUUCACUAAAGAAGAGUGGUUAAAAGGAAUGACAUCAUUACAAUGUGACUGCACAGAAAGGCUACAGAGCAAGUUUGAUUAUUUGCGCUCACAACUCAAUGACCUAUCAGCUUUCAAACAAAUUUACAGAUAUGCCUUUGAUUUUGCUAGAGAUAAAGACCAGCGUAGCCUUGAUAUUGAUACUGCUAAGUCUAUGUUAGCUCUGCUCCUAGGGAGAACAUGGGCUCUGUUCUCUGCCUUCUACCAAUUUUUGGAGCAAUCAAAAUACAGAGUUAUGAAUAAAGAUCAAUGGUUCAAUGUAUUGGAAUUCAGCAGAACUGUACUUGCAGACCUUAGCAACUAUGAUGAAGAUGGUGCAUGGCCUGUGCUGCUUGAUGAAUUUGUUGAGUGGCAGAAAGCAAGGCAGUCAUCAUAACAAGUUGGAGGGAAAGAGAAGUAUGGGAGAGCAAUAAUGCUUUGCUAUCCAACCAAACUACAUCUUUAAUUAUGAAAUGGAAAGUAUUUGUCAAAAGCCAUCUUUUAUGCUAGCUACAGACUUUUCAGUGUUACAAGAGGGGAGACGGUUUUCAGUUGCAUCUAUAUUAAGCAUUUUAUUAUGUAUUCAUCAACUAUGGCACCUGAUGUUAGGAUUUUGUCCAGUCUUGAGUCUUAAUGCUUUUGGCAAUAUCUGUUUAUAACUUCAUAAGUACUUUGAUGAAGCACAUUAAAAAUUAUAGGUUUUCAUUAGAAACAGAAAUGAUUUUCAUGUGUGACUGAGAGAUGAAAGGCCUUGAAAUGUAUGGAUGCGUUUUUCAAUUGUUGGAAAGUGUAUGCUAUUGUAUCAGAAAUUUGCCAUUCUGGUACCAUACCAAAAACUUACUGAACCUCAUCAUAUGUUAUUGUAACUAUAUAGCACCUUUUCUGUGAUAUACUAUAUCAAUAGGUACUGGUGCUGUUCUAGGACUGUGAGCUCAGGGUUAAUGGUAAUGACAGUAGCACCACUGCGAUGCCAUGUAACAGAGGAUUACAUGUGAUACCAAUGUAUAUUUAAAUUUGUUCAUUUACAUUGUUAAGGUAUCCACAGAUUUGCCUGUUUUCAAAAGCUUUAUUUUAUGCCCAUUAAGAACAAAAUGGAAUAUAGUCAUCUGAAUUGGAGUGGGGGAAAAGGUAUAUAAUCAGAACUGCAUAUAAUUCAAUAUUUGAUGAGUAAGCAUGUGGUUUUGACUACAGUUUUUAGUAACAGCAGAUAAGUUGCCACAGCUCUUUGGCCCAUUGUACUAAGUACACUAUGAGAUUAUACAGUAUCAAAUAUUUCACUCUCUGGGUAGAAAGCUGUAAAUUAGCUUGAACUAAGUACUCUUACGCUAUUGUUGAGUGAAAGCUUUUAUACAAAGGUGAUACUGUGGACCUUGAAUUUCAGAGAACAUUCUUGUGCUUAUUAGCAUCUAAAAUACAAACUGAAAUUUUGACAGUGGAUCUUUUGUGUAUAGAAAGUAUGAUCUAAAUACUUCAAAUUGAAACACUGAAGUACAAGUGUAGUGAAUUGUUCAUUUUUUUUUUUCCCUCAGUACUUCAGAUUUGAGCAGGUUCUUACCAAAUCCUAAAAUUAUUUUCUGCAGAAGGUAUUGGGGCAAUUUAAUUAUUGGAACAGUAUGAUAAUUUCAGAAACACUAAAAGCUACUGAUUUACUGUUCACUCAAAAGCCCACAAAGUUAAAUGUAGAGUGGUGUUUUGGGAUGCACUUUACACAGUUCUGUACAUUCUAGUGCCAGCUAAUGAAGUAGUGUAUUUUUGAUUUUUUUUUCACAAGUUCACAUUUUAAAAUUGUCUUACAAGGUCUUACAGAUUUUUAACUAUGGCUUAACAGUGCAAAGGGCCCAAAACUCUAGAUUGCUCAACUUUGAGUACCAGUUGUUUAAUACAGUAACCAAUAAAUUGCUAAAUUCCUGUACUGCCUUCAUCCACCCACUUACACAAGAUAAGCCAUUAUGCACCCCAUUCCCAGAGCAUGAAUUCAACUUGUGAUCUAUUCCAACACACACCAACAUCAUCAUACCCGUUCUCUCUCAGUAAAAGUUAUUUAUGUGAAUGCAGCUUGUUAGUACAGAAUUGGUUACUUGAAAAGUUUGCUUUUUAAACUGCUAAAUGAUUUAUUAUGACAGUUUAUCUGAAAUAACAUGCUCCUGCUCUGGGGCUAGUUCUUCCCAGUUGUAAAGUAACUAAUUCAAUGAAAUUUAGCCUCUAUAGUACAGUGGAUCUUUAAGCAAGCAUAAUAGUUUUUUUUAAGAAAAUAAAGAAAUCUUACAGCCAGUAGGGUAAUUAUUCAAUGGUCUAAAAAAUUCUGAUAUCAGAACUUCAGUAAAUGUUAUGUGGCUGUUUUCGUAAAAGUACAAGGGAUGGUUUAAAAUAUAUUUUAUUUUUAAAAGUUGAUUUUUGUGAUGUUGCCAUAUUUCCACCCUCUGAGGAUGUUAUAUUUCACCAGGGAACGAGUGCGUCGAUGUCAGCUCUAGAAGUAUCAACAAGCUUCCCAUUUAGACUAACUGCCAGGCUAGGAAAAUGGCAGUCUUUCUGGUAUAGUUGCAGUAUUGAGUUUUUCAGGCUCCUGUGCCAUCAAUAUGAUGCACAAAGUCAGAGAAUUCUUGAGAUUCCUUGCAGAUCCUGUCAUUUAUGUCACUGAAAAGCUUUCUAGCAAGUGGACAAGAGCUAUUAGAUUUUAGUCUAGAUGAUGCACAGUAAUGCAAAAAUUACACUGUCAGCAUUCAUCUUUCAACUUUUUUUCUUUAUUCCUUGAAAAUCACCUAAGUAAAGUGACUGAUCAAUUUCAGUUUGUGGCAGACCCUCAAGUACAAUUUUAUGCUUUGUACUUAACAUUCAAAAGUUCAAACUUUAAAUCUUAUAAUAGAGAGCAUCAUUUCUCAUUUUCUCAUUGUUUUUUUUUAAUCUGGUGUGAAACCCAUCUUUAUCUGUGAAAGUGUUUAAGGAAAAAAAUGUGAAAUAAUUAAUUUGGAAAUACUCAAUUCAAUUUUGUUUGUAGCUAUCUCCAUUAGUUUCAGAUAUGAGCAUGGUAGGAACACAUGUACAUUAUUCCUUUUAUAUUUUCCAUAACUUGUAUUCAGUUGUCUUAAAAGAGAAAACCCAAGUCACAUAAUGAGUUCUGGUUUCCACAUAAUUGACUGUACUUGAGAAAAGUUAAUCAUAAAGUGUGAAAUGCUUAAGGAUUUCCAAGGAAUUUGCAGUCAGCUUUUUUUGUUUUCCUUUCUUUCAUAAUUUGGAGGUGCCCAGAACAGAUUUCCUAAAUCAUAGAAACAAGAGGUUUAGCUUAAAGCCAGAAUUUCAAAAGUGUAUCUAAUUUGUGCUCAAAGACACAAAAUAGUAAAACAUGCCAUGGGUUUAGAGAGAAGGGUAUUUCUUCCAUUUUGUCUAUGAAAUAAUACCCUAAUCUUUGAGAAACUCCCUAAUGCAAUAUUUAGAAAGAAUAUGAAUAGAAAUAGAUUGAAGAAACUUACUGGUUGUGUAAGUUAAAUGUACUUAAUAGCAUUUCUUUUAAAGGGGAAUACUGUAGGUGAAACCUAUAGUUGUUCAGUGUACUUUCAAUAAUUUUAAAAUAUGCUGCUGAAUAUAUAAUUGCAACUUUUUUCUUUUGUCAUUUUCCAACAAGUGUAUUUUAAUCCCUUGGUUCUCUCUCUAUCUGAGGCAAAAGAAUAUUGUAGAGUGUAACAAGGGGAUUAUCAUGCAUGUAAGUUGUGCUAAGAGAAUAGAGAAUCCAGUAUUGUUAACAAUUCAGUCCAGUUUAUGACUUAAAAAAAAUACUAUUUCAAUUUAUUACAACUUUGCAUUGUUGGGAUGAUCCUACAAAAGGAGCACAACUUUCUUCCUGAUUUCACUGUUCCUACUCAGUGGUAUCCACUCACUGUUUCCUUUGGAUUGGAAUUAUGUUUAUAUAUUUUUGCAUUGCCUAAUUGCAAACCUAUUUAAAUUGAAUGAUAAACUUUAUAAAGAGGUUCAUAAUGAAAUAUAAAAUGACUUUGCAUGUUUUCAUAUUUAAAGAUAUUGGUGAAAAAAGAAAACCUAUUGCAAUGCAACUUAAAACAGGAUUACUGACACGCCAAGGAUUGUGAACUCUGGCAUUUUAGUUGUAUAAUAAAAAAAAAGGAACAGUGUUUAUUUAAGUGUCUUAA